AUGGCCUUCAGUGAGCUUCUGCUCCGGUCUAUCUUAUCACUAAAGGGCACUCCAACCUUCGGACUGGCAAAGUGGCUGUUCCAACGUCUCAAGAUUCUGACCUCCGAUUCGAACACCACUGUCAGCUCAUCAACGCAAUUCUUGGAGAAACUUAAAGGAGUAAGUCUCCUGCCAAGCGAUGUCAUGGUUUCCUUUGAUGUCACGUCCCUUUUUACUUCUAACCCACAGGACCUGGCAGUCCAGACCAUCAAACUACUCCUACGAGAGAAAUACGACGAAACGGAGAAUCGCCUCGGACACGCCCAAAUCAUCCAGCUCCUGAAGUUCUGUUUCAAGACGUACUUUACGUUCGACGGAACAAUCUACGAGCAGGUAAAGGGAACGCCAAUGGGUUCAAUGAUUUCGGGACUCAUAGCCGAAGCGGUCCUACAACGGCUGGAGUCCCUGGUUUUCCGACACCGCAGACCGAAAUUCUGGGCUCGAUAUGUGGAUGACACCUUCGUCGUCAUUGGAUGGGAUCGGGUGCUGACUUUUAAAGAACAUCUCAAUGCCGUCUUCCCGGACAUUCAAUUUACGAUGGAGGAGGAGGAAAACAAUCAGCUGGCCUUGCUGGAUGUCGUCGUCUGCCCCAAAGAUUGUGGUGGCCUAAAAACCAAAGUGUUCAGGAAAGCGACAAAUACGACGCAAAUACCAAGCUUCAAUAGCAACCACCCGAUCAGUCACAAAUGCAGCUGCGUAAGGGUGCCAUACCGGCGCGUUGAUAUGCACUGCAGUGAAAUGGAAGACAAGGUUGAUGACUUACAAUAUCUUCGACGGGUAACGAGAGACAAGGGUUGCCCGCGCAACUUUGUAAACCACUGCAUACGAAAAGGCACCAGAGACCAAAUCCAACCGGCCCCAAAUUCUGGUGGGCUCUUCCGUAUAUGAAGAACGUCUCGGAAGCCGUCAGUCGUCUUCUCACUCCACUUGGAUUUGGGGUUGCACACAGGCCGGAAGCAACCAUUAGGCGCCAAGUCAUGAGGCCAAAAGACCCGCUGCCACGGCAGGAAACGUCUGGAGUCGUUUACCGGAUCUGGUGUGGUUGCGGACAAAGCAACUAUGUCGGAGAAACUGGGAGAUUACUACGUAUACGAAUUGUCGAGCACGCAGCAGCAGUGAGGCGGGGAGAGGCUAGCUCUCAGGUGGAGGACACUCGACGGUACCCGGCCAUAUUUUCAAAUUUCAAGAGGCCGAAAUCCUCGCAAGGGGUGACAACCGCGUGAGUCGCGAGAUGCUCGAGUCAUGGUUCUCAGGCUCGCAGUCCAUCAAAAAGCACAAUGACCUCCCGGUACCAUACUCCGUGCUGCGAUUUUCCCUGAGCAGGAGAAUCAGUCACGUGGGCAGGGCGCGGGCGAGCAAUUAUCCCAGUGACAGUGACCCAAUUUGCCGAGCAAUCGUCACACCAGCAUCCAACACGGAUGACGAAAUCACGUCAAUUAUCGACUCGGACUGGGACGGACAAGCCACCACCGCAUCAAUUACGACCCCAGCGGUGAUUGCGAGAACUGUUAAUUACAGCGCACACAUGGUCCCACGGCGGCAACGUGCUAUAAAUACUGCACUCCUUGUUCCACCAUCACUUUUAUCUGCGAAUGUCUCUUUUGAUGGAAUCGAGUGAGAAUCCGAGACGUCAGGCAAAUAAAUUUCUUGUUCCAGUGAUCGCAUCUUCAUCUUCUGAGCUUCUGCUAUAUCGGCUGAGAGAUUGGAAGCGUUCUUUCGCCUGUUUAGGCCAAUUUAUUCAGAGUGAUAAGGGUGCAUAAAUCAGAAAUAUCUAUUCCACUUUUUUGUUUUUUUCUCUCUGAGGCGGAAAUUUCGUCGCUACUAAUUGCUAGUCGUCAUACAACUGCAUAGGUGUGCUCUAAACCCCGAGACUGAAACCGAUCAGUUUGAAUCGGUGUACGCAACUUUCAUGCGAUUGUUAUCGUAUGCUCCCUUAUGAUUUCCAGUAAAACAAAUCGAUAGACUGGGACCAUCGGCCUCCUUCCAGUAAGGGCCUCCUGCUCCUCAGUGGCACGAAAACAAUCUCUUAAAUUAAUAGGUGACUUAUGAAAGCAACCCUAUCUGUUCCUAAUAGUCGGCAGUCGGACGUCUGUUCUAAGCCCAGUUAUGCGGUUUGCCUUGCCUACGCAGUAAAAUCCAAAUCAUGCAAAUUUUCACCUUACCUGAGGUGCCCCAGUGAGCCUGAAGUCGCCAUGGUACUCGUCAAAUGAACGCCGUCGCAAACGGUGGCACGGCACUGACUGAAACAUGAGGGUUGCUAGGUCAAGAGUACAGCAAGCGAUAUCCUCGAUCUCGCCACCUGUUCCAGUGACUCAUACAUGGACGCUCAUGGUGGCUUCAAUGUAGUUGAUGUCACCAUGGUUACCACGCCUAUUUGACAUUUAUGUUCGGGUCGCGAAGACCGGAAGAGGGUGCGAAGACACAUCUGCCUGAAGCGGAUGCUGUAACUGUUUAGUCAGAAAAAAAAUCAGCAUCUUCCUACUCUCCUGUCAAGUGACGGAAGAGUAGAUUGUUGCAGGCAAAGGCAAGACUGGAAUGUGUAGUGUAAACAACAAUGAAGACUUCAAGGAAACAAUAGAUACAGAAAAAAAUUUAACCCUGGGUGGUGGAAGAUGCGUCUCCCACAAAUAUUGACAUCGAAAAUGCAACAAAGGUAAAUUUUUUGUACGGUCUCACGACAAAUAGAGACCCCUCCAGUAUCCGGAUUGUUGUAACGGAAAGUGGACAAAGUCCAGAAAGUCCCGAGUCGAGCUAAAGUCGGUUUGAAGGGCUUGUUGCACGGAUAAAUUCACGUCCGACGUGAUGCGAUCGAGGAAUAAAAACUGAUUGUCUCAGUUGACUAGAACGGAUCGAGGCACAUGACUCUAAUUAAUGAUGGAGGAAUAAACAGUUGCGGGGAAAGGCAAGACCGGAAUAUAACCCUCCCCCCUCCCCCCGAAACGCAUACAUCCAUGGCUGCUACCUACCUUCGUUGGACAGACGACUGCAUUCGGUUAUCCACCUUGGAAAGGAUAUUUCUGACAGUUUGUUCACCAUGUUCAUUUGCUUGGACUACAACGGUUCAGCCGACAUCUAACCUCGAGCCCAAACAGCAGCCGCACAGCGGCGCAUGAUAUAGGCAGAAUGGCAAUACCGAGGCGUGGACUUCUAACUAACAGAUCGCGAGUUCGAGCCUCGGGCGUUCCACACUUCGGGGUUGGGUAUGACUGGCUGAUGACGGCCAAUAAGCCAGAAAUGGACAUUUCAGUCUCACUUGUCUUUGUCGGUAAUAUAAUUCUGCCUAUAUCAUGCGCCACUGUGCGGAUUGAGAGAGAGCCCGUAAGGCACAACGGGACGAGUGAGUUCCGUAAGGACGAUCGGUGAGCGUCCCCUACUAUUGUAUAUUCCCGAUCGAAAACCUACAGGGCACCGGGCUCAUGGCCCAGUGGUUAGAGGCGUGUAAUUCUGGCUAACAGGUCGCGAGUUCAAGCCUCGAGUGUUCCACACUUCGGAGUUGGAUAUGACUGGCUGAGGACGGCUAAUAAGCCGGACAUGGCCAUUCCAAUCUCCCUUGCCUUUGUCGGUAAUGCCAUGCUGUUCAAUGUCUGCGAGAACGAUACCAGUGGAACCACUCCCCAACAAUGUCGUCCCAUCUUUGCGCACAUUUCCUGCAAAGUUCCGCAUUGUUUAAAUAUUGAACCUUGCCCCAACAACCAUACGUUAUUAUGAUUGCAAUUUUUACAACAUCAAUAGAAGUAAUUCCCCAUGAUGGAAGGUAAGUAAGGCAAGUAAGGUAAGUAGGCAAGUAUACUUCUCGAGGUUAGAUGUCGGCUGAACCGUUGUAGUCCAAGCAAAUGAACAUGGUGAACAAACUGUCAGAAAUAUCCUUUCCAAGGUGGAUAACCGAAUGCAGUCGUCUGUCCAACGAAAGUAGGUAGCAGCCAUGGAUGUAUGCGUUUCGGGGGGAGGGGGGAGGGUUAUAUUCCGGUCUUGCCUUUCCCCGCAACUGCUUAUUCCUCCAUCAUUAAUUAGAGUCAUGUGCCUCGAUCCAUUUUAUUCAACUGAGACAAUCAGUUUUUAUUCCUCGAUCGCAUCACGUCGGACGUGAAUUUAUCCGUGCAACAAGCCCUUCUAACCGACUUUAGCUCGACUCGGGACUUUCUGGACUUUGCCCAGGUGUUCCACACUUCGGGGUUCGGUAUGACUGGCUGACGACUGCUAAUAAGCCAGAAGUGGCCCUUCCGGUCUCCCUUGUCUUUGUUGGUAAUAACAUUCCAUCCAUAUCAUACGUCGCUGUGCGGAUGCUGGUUGGACUCGAGAGGGACCCGUAAGGCACAACGGGACGAGUGAGUUCCGUCAAAAAACGAUCAGUGAGCGCCCCUCUACCAUGCUAUGUGGGUACCCGUCAGAACCCCUAGUAGAAUAAUAUUUGGGAAAUAUAAGUGUCAAGUCCCACUCAACCGAAGUUUCCGUCUGGUUGCGGGCGUUUAAGUAGUUCGAACUAUCGCAAGUACUUACAGCGUCGAAAUUCCUGACACACUAUUAAAAAAGACCUGGAGCUGAUUUAUUAUUAAAACAUUUCCAAAGAAACUGCCCAGGAAACAACAAAUAAGGCAGAGAGCGGCCUCAUCUCAAUCAGUAGUUAAGAGGUAAUCAGUCAAAGGGGAAAAUAAAAUUCAAGGUAUUGAAAGCGGACAUUAGAUCCUUACAAAUGAAGUCCUUUUGUUGAAAUAGCUAAAGUGCGUACACGAAUCUGUCUUCAUUAAGCCGUAUUUAUAACAAUACACACGAAAGGUUGGGUAAGGUUCGGAAACACGGUCUUGCUGGGAAAUGGGGAAAGCCAGGCGCGUCCAAUAUGGAAACUGUUGAAAAAAGGGCUUCAUGGAUGAGGCUGCGGGAAAAUAGUGGAGAAUGCGCGAAAAAUUAGGGAAAAAACGCUGGUAUUAUAGGUAAAUUUUCUAGUUUAUUUUAAUGAAUACUAAAUCUCAGCGCAGGGACCGCAAAGUACGAAAAUUUAAUGUGCAACGGCGCAUAACGUUUUCUGGUGCUCUGUAUGUACCCUUUUUCUUUCUUUUCAGGGAGGCCCUCAGUGAACGUCCCGGCGGAACACACUGAUGCGGAACCGGACUAA